AUGGAGAUUGGGUUAGCAGUUGGUGGUGCAUUUCUCUCCUCAGCUUUGAAUGUUCUGUUUGAUAGGCUUGCUCCUCACGGUGAUCUGCUCAACAUGUUUCGUAAGCAUAAGGAUCAUGUUAAGCUCUUAAAGAAGCUGAAAAUGACUUUGCGUGGUCUUCAGAUUGUGCUGAGUGAUGCAGAGAAUAAGCAAGCAUCAAAUCCAUCUGUGAGCGACUGGCUUAAUGAGCUUCGAGAUACUGUUGACUCUGCUGAAAAUUUAAUAGAAGAAGUCAAUUAUGAAGCUUUGAGGCUUAAGGUGGAAGGCCAGCAUCAAAAUCUUGCAGAAACAAGCAACAAACAAGUAAGUGACCUCAACCUGUGCUUGAGUGAUGAUUUCUUUCGUAACAUAAAGGAUAAAUUGGAAGAAACCAUUGAAACGUUGGAGGUGUUGGAAAAGCAAAUUGGUCGCCUUGGCUUAAAGGAGCAUUUUAUUUCGACCAAACAAGAAACUAGAACACCUUCAACUUCUUUGGUGGAUGAUUCUGGUAUCUUUGGAAGGCAGAACGAAAUAGAGAAUUUGAUUGGCCGUUUGUUGUCGAUGGAUACAAAGGGAAAAAAUCUGGCUGUAGUUCCUAUUGUUGGAAUGGGCGGCCUGGGCAAGACAACACUUGCUAAAGCCAUUUACAAUGAUGAGAGAGUGCAGAAACAUUUUAUUUUGACAGCUUGGUUUUGUGUUUCUGAGGCAUAUGAUGUUUUCAGAAUAACGAAAGGGUUACUUCAAGAAAUUGGCUCAACCGACUUAAAGGUUGAUGACAAUCUUAACCAGCUACAAGUCAAAUUGAAGGAAAGCUUAAAGGGAAAGAAAUUUCUUAUUGUUCUGGAUGACGUGUGGAAUGACAACUACAAUGAGUGGGAUGACUUGAGAAAUAUUUUUGUACAAGGAGAUAUAGGAAGUAAGAUCAUUGUGACGACACGUAAAGAGAGUGUUGCCUUGAUGAUGGGAAAUGAGCAAAUUAGCAUGGACAAUUUGUCUACUGAAGCCUCUUGGUCUCUAUUCAAAAGAAAUGCAUUUGAAAACAUGGAUCCUAUGGAACAUCCGGAACUUGAAGAGGUUGGAAAACAAAUUGCAGCCAAGUGCAAAGGACUGCCCUUAGCUCUGAAGACGCUCGCUGGCAUGUUACGCUCCAAAUCAGAGGUUGAAGAGUGGAAAUGUAUUCUGAGAAGUGAAAUAUGGGAGCUGCGAGACAAUGACAUAUUACCAGCGUUAAUGUUGAGCUACAAUGAUCUUCCCGCACAUUUAAAGCGAUGCUUUUCUUUUUGUGCAAUAUUUCCUAAAGAUUAUCCAUUUAGGAAAGAACAAGUUAUUCAUCUGUGGAUUGCCAAUGGUCUUGUACCUGUGGAAGAUGAAAUAAUUCAAGAUUUAGGCAACCAAUACUUUCUCGAGUUGAGAUCAAGAUCAUUAUUAGAAAGUGUCCCAAAUCCUUCUAAAGGGGACAUAGAGAAAUUCUUAAUGCAUGACCUUGUCAAUGAUUUGGCACAAAUUGUAUCUUCAAAUCUUUGUAUAAGGUUGGAAGAGAACAAAGGAUCGCAUAUGUUGGAACAAUGUCGGCACUUAUCUUAUUCUAUAGGAGGAGAUGGUGAGUUUGAGAAAUUGACACCCCUCUACAAAUUGGAGCAGCUGAGGACAUUGCUUCCGAUAUAUAUUAUUGGCGAUUAUCGUUAUCACCCUCUAAGCAAGAGGGUGUUGCAUAACAUACUGCCUACACUAAUAUCCUUGAGGAUGCUAUCAUUGUCUCAUCAUUACACGAUUGUUGAGUUGCCAAAUGAAUUGUUUAUCAAAUUAAAGCUCCUCAGAUUUUUGGACCUUUCUCAGACAAGGAUAAAAAGGUUGCCAGAUUCCAUUUGUGGAUUGUAUAACUUGGAGACACUUCUCCUGUCAUCUUGUUCUAAACUUGAGGAGCUACCGCUGCAGAUGGAAAAGUUGAUUAACUUGCGUCAUCUUGACAUAAGCAACACUCGGCGCUUGAAGAUGCCACUACAUCUGAGCAGGUUGAAAAGCCUCAAAGUGUUGGUGGGAGCCAAGUUUCUUGUAGGUGGUUGGAGAAUGGAAUAUUUGGGUGAAGCACAAAACUUGUAUGGAUCUCUAUCAGUUGUAAAUUUGGAAAAUGUGGUUGAUAGAAGGGAAGCUGUGAAGGCAAAGAUGAGGGAGAAGAAUCACGUUGACAAGUUAUCUUUGGAGUGGAGUGAAAGCAUUAGUGCUGACAAUUCACAAACAGAAAUAGACAUACUUGAUGAGCUACGCCCACAUAAAAACAUUAAAGAAGUCGAAAUCAGUGGAUACAGAGGGACAAACUUCCCCAAUUGGGUAGCUGAUCCUUUGUUUGUUAAGCUAGUGAAAUUGUCUCUUAGAAACUGCAACAACUGUUAUUCGUUGCCAGCACUAGGACAACUCCCUUGUUUGAAAUUCCUUUCCGUUAAAGGGAUGCAUGGAAUCACAGAGGCGAUGGAAGAAUUCUAUGGCAGAUUGUCCUCCAAAAAGCCUUUUAACUGUCUUGAGAAGCUUGAAUUUGAAGAUAUGACGGGGUGGAAGCAAUGGCACGCACUAGGAAUUGGAGAGUUCCCUACACUUGAGAACCUUUCCAUUAAAAAUUGCCCUGAGCUCAGUUUGAAGAUACCCAUCCAAUUUUCAAGUUUAAAAAGGUUACAAGUUAGAGGUUGUCCAGUUGUUUUUGAUGAUGCUCAACUGUUUAGAUCCCAACUUGAAGCAAUGAAGCAGAUUGAAGCAUUAUAUAUACGUGAUUGUAACUCUAUUACCUCCUUUCCUUUUAGCAUACUGCCAACUACCUUGAAGACAAUAGAGAUAUCUGGUUGCCCAAAAUUGAAAUUCGAGGCGCCAGUUGGUGAGAUGUUUGUGGAGUAUUUGAGUGUGAUUGAUUGUGGUUGUGUAGAUGAUAAUAUCAUUAGAGUUUCUCCCAGCAGCGUGUAA